CACUAUCUGUACACACAGAAUACCAGAACAGGAUACUGUUUAAUACUGCAAUACCGAACUAACCCAAGUUUGUAGACGUGAUUAAGAUGUCCAUAGACCCCGAAACAAGGAGAAAGUUGCUUGUAUUGCAAAAGAACGGUGGUAAUAAGAAAUGUGUUGAUUGUAACGCCCCAAAUCCCCAAUGGGCGUCUCCCAAGUUUGGGAUUUUUAUUUGCCUUGAAUGUGCUGGGAUUCAUAGAGGUUUAGGAGUCCAUAUUUCCUUCGUGAGAUCUAUCACCAUGGACCAGUUCAAGUCCGAAGAGGUCUUGAGAAUGGAACAAGGUGGUAACGAUAACUUGAAAGUAUAUUUUGAGAACAACGGUCUUGACGUUUCAUUACCUGCCAAGUUAAAAUAUGACAACUACGUGGCCAGUGACUACAAGGAAAAAUUGACGUGUUUGGUAGAAGGCAAGGAAUUUGUGGCCAAGGAUCACACUGGCGAGUCCUUGCCAAAUGGAAAGUCUGAUCUCGGGUCGUCUAAUUUGAGCUCAAACAACAGCUCAACUUCCAACGUUAACCAGGAUUCGAUUCAAUCACGUCGUACAGCCCCCAAACUCUCGGGUGAUCAGAAAGUGAAGAACGAAGCGUACUUUGCUGAGCUAGGAAAUGCUAAUGAUUCCAGACCUGACCACUUACCACCAUCUCAAGGUGGUAAAUAUGGUGGGUUUGGUAACACUCCAGCACCAUCCUCUAACGGCAACAAAGGUUCGUUUGCAAACUUCACUUUGGACAACCUUCAAACCGACCCAUUAGGUACCCUCACCAAGGGAUGGGGGUUGUUUUCAUCUACGGUUGCCAAAUCGGUCACCGAAGUUCACGAAUCUGUCAUCAGGCCCGGAUUGAACCAAAUUCAACUGAGUGAUAUAAGUAGUGAAACCAAGAGGGCCAUGGCUCAAUUUGGCCAGAAAAUGCAAGAUACUGGUAAGUUUGGUCAAGAGACUUUCCAGACUUUCACCAAGGAAAUUCAAGCCAAUGGGUUCAACAAGACGGUUGAUUCCAAGUUUGGUAAAUUCUUUGAGGGCUUAAACUUAUCAGACCAGCAAAAGGGAGAAGUGGAAACUGCAUUCGGAUAUCAGAAGAGCGAUACCCCCACCAAAUUAUCCAGUGCAUCUGGAGGUGGUAGAAAGAAAGACGAUGACGAACAGUGGGAUGACUUCUAGUUUGUACAAUUGUGUAACAAUAAAUCAAUAAUUCCAACAACAAUGUCUAUAAGUAGUUUUAUUAAACAAUACACACCCUAAGAAACACCAAUUAAAACAAUCUUUAUCCAAAUACUAUAUCUUUGCAUCGGUAAGAUUACUAGCAAGUAUAUUGGUAUUUUUCAAUGACAAAUAGAACUCGUACUCAUCUUUAAACGACUGAUAGGCGUGGAAGUAUGAGUCUUUGAUGUAGAAGAACUUGACAAUGCGCCAGCUCAACACCCAAUCAACAACCCCCACGUCUCUCAAAAUGGAAGAUACGACAAAGUAAAGACACCCUAAGAAAGCUCCGAAUAGCGUACCAACAAGUACUUGUUGAGGAGUAUGGUACUUGAGAUAAACUCUGGAAAAGCAAACUCCCAUACUAGAGAACGCCAAAGCAGCACAUCCCAUCAUCUUCUGGUGGUUGGUAAUGUGGUUGAUCUUAAACAAUAAAAUACAUAUGAAGUAUCCGGCAAAGAACCCCAUAUGCUGACCAUGAGCUGAGGGCAUCCCAUAGGUCAAUGAGCCAGUACCGAAGUCCUUAUGGAAAUCUGGUCUUGGCUCUCUCAAGAUCUUCUUGGUGAUUUUAUUGACGAUCUCGCUGGCAAGGUGACCAGCUACCACAAUCACCGGUUCGACUUCUCUCGACAAGAGAAACCAGGACGCAUAGAACACCAUGGUGUAGAUUGGGAACAAGGAGAAGUGAACCAUCAACAACCCGAGUGGAUCAUUUGGAUCGUAGACCACGUACGUCAAGUCGAAGGGUACUGGGUUAUAUUUUUCAUACGUAGGCAUGAUGUGAACAGCUAAUCAAUGAACGACUGAGCAAGGGAAAGAAUAUGAGAAUUGAUUUGGUUUGACCCAAGAAGGAAUGGAAAUGGGGGAUGGGGGAUGGGGGAUGGGGGAUGGGAGGUAAAAAUGGGAAAGUGGGAACCAAAAAAGCAAGGGAUUUCAAUCUUUAUAUAAUCCCAGCAGACAAAGUACUCGACUCGUAAACUUUUCAAAAAACAAUAGAAAAUUUGGCCAACAACCAGAAAAAAAUAAUAUUCAAGCCAAGGACAGUAUCUGGAACAUCAACGUUCGUUUUCCAGCGUGUUUGUAUGGGAAAUCUACGAUUGACUUGACGAAUUCCUGCAAAAUUCCUCUGCUAUUGUGAGAUUU